ACAAAGAAACAAAUUCCCUUACAACAAUGCUGCUCAUCUCAUUGACGUAUUCCGAGUAACGAUCAACCAAUCGGCCAAUACUAUUAUCUCGAUGUCAGUUCGUCUGGCCCCCUCCCGUCCGUUCCAGCUGCUUCAGCUAGUGGCAAGAAGAAACAACAAACUGGACUGAUAAGGAGUUCAAUUUUCCUACAUAAGAACAAAAUCAACUUGUGAUUUGAUGAACAUGCGACUGAGUCCUAGAGCAUCAGUUGAUCUGCGCAGCCAACGGUGAUUACAUCGGUACAGUUCGAUUCAAUCGAAAAUGGAGCAAAAAUUGAUCCGAUUCAUCAAAUUUCAUGGCUACCUGUUCUUCGGUUGUGCUCUGUUCUUCGCUCUUCGAGAGUUGUGGCUACUCACGAUAAAUUCACUGUUCUCGAACCGUCGCUUUUGGAUCAAUGAACAAGAAUCUCUCACCCGUAGUUACCCGACGGUUCGGUGGAUUUUCGCCCUACUCUGGCUAGUGGCUCUGGCGGUCAUGUAUACCGGUAUGCGGUGGGAGGAACCUGAGUACCUUCGACCGGCCAAAUAUUUGUUUUCGAUUGAGAUUCUGAUCGUACUGGUACAGGAUUUCAUUCGUUCCAUCAACAAUGAGCCGAACGAACGACUGAUCCUGAAUGCGGAGUAUUUAUUUUUCUUCAGCGCGAUCGUCAUCUAUGUGCUGUAUACGUUUCAAACGCUGGGUUCGUUGUUCAAUAACCGCACAGCCACUAUCGUGAAUAGUCCAAGCAAGGUGCACAUAAUCUGCUGUGAGAGUUCGGCACUGUGAGUUGAUUAGGAUGCGGUUGUUAAGGCUAUCCAAAUC